AUGAAAAUAUUACCAAAUGAUGCAAGAGCUCGUAGAUUAUUUGUAUCGACUGGAGCAUUAAAAAGAAUACAAGAAAUAGACACAGUCCCAGGCACAUCUCUUAAAGAAUACAUCAAUAUUAUAAAUAGUUGCUUUCCUGAAGAAAUCGUAAGGUAUUAUACACCUGGUUUUUCCGAUACAUUACUUGACAGAGUUGAAACUUUCACGCCUCAGAUUCCACAGUUAUUUACUGAUCGUGUACCAAGUGAUUGUCAAAGCGAGUUAACAUUAGAAAAUUGA